GCGAUGGCUUUAAGGAUCAUUCUCCCGCUCCUCCUUCUCGCCGCCGCCACUCCGGCGUCUCUAGCGGCCAUCGACGUCGUGCAAAUGCUCGCCGGGAAGCCGCAGUACGCGACCUUCCUGAGGCUCCUGAGGGAAACAAAGGUCGCUCAGGACGUGAGCCGGAUGAAGACGGCGUCGGUGCUGGUGGUGCCAGAGAGGGCCGUGAAGCCACUCCUCUCCAUCCCGGCCGACAAGCUGCGGACGGUCCUCCUGCACCACGUGCUCACCAAGUACUUCGACCCCAUCCAGCUCGCCGAGAUGAAGACCAACGUCGCCAAGCUCCAGUCGCUGCUCUCCGUCACCGACAAGAACCUCGGCACCAUCAACUACUCCAUGGAGAAGGACGGCCAGAUGUACCUCCGCUCCCCCGGCGCCGACUCCGAGGCCAAGCUCAUCAAGGUCGUCGCCGCGCGACCAUUCUCCAUCUCCAUCAUGGAGAUCAGCGCGCCGCUCGUCUGCAAGGAGAUCCUCGCCCAGGGCCGUCCCAAGGGAAAGGGCAAGGGCGGCGUCAAAAUGAUGUCCGCCGACACCGAGGCCGCCGCCGGAUCCUCCGUUAAGGCAUCGGCUCCGGCUGCCACCGCGCCCUAA